GCUAUUUUCAAGAAGCGUGAACAAGUUUCAACGACGAGGACGAGACGAAGACGAAGCCGAAGCGACAAAGCACUCUAUUGACUCGUCAAUUGGCGUCAUGUAUAUUUUCUUCUUGGUUCUGGAAAGGAAAUAUUGUUGGACUGUCAAUAUAAGGACACCUGGAUUUUAGUCGAAGCUCUUCAGAUACUAGUACACGAUGAACUAUGGUAGCGAUGACGACGAUUAUUCAUUUGCGAAAAAGUUCAUGCCCACGUCGUCAGAGCAUGUUGAUGGUGGACCAUCAGACCUACUUGACGGUUUGUCCAAAGAAAAUGACAAGGAUGAGGAAAUCAACAAUGAUGGAGAAGAUGCAAAGAAAGAAGACAAUGUAGGCAGUGAUGAAGACGCCAUGCUACAAGAUCCAGACGAUGACGACAACAAAUCUAUUGAAUCCGCACCCGAUCCUGACAUCACCGGCCUCACCAAAGAGCCAUCAUAUGACUUUGCAAACAAACAGGAUUUUCGAAUGCUGUGUAAGAGACUGGAGUAUUUGGACUUGGCUAUGAAGAACAAGCACAAGAAGCCAAUGACAAAGGUGCAAAAGCUGGAGAUGUUGUUGCCGUCCAAAUCGAUGAAGAAAAUGAAGAAUGAAUCCCUUUUUCCGAUCUUUCGCCUGCUCAUGCCAAACAUGGACUCUUCCAGAAAAUGCAUCACCAAAGAAAAAAGCAUUGCCAUGGCUUACUGUGAGGCAUUGAACUUCCAGAAGAAAUCUGACAAGUAUGAAGCGCUCUACUACUACACAGACCCAAUCAAGCUGGAAAAGGCAAAGAAAGGUUGGGGACAGCUGGCAGGCGACCUUUCUCGUGUGGUAGAAGCUGUCAUGGACGACCGAGUCAAAGCAGGACAGAAGACGGUGACAAUUGGCAAAAUCAACCAAUUGUUUGAUGACCUCGAAGCCUCGUUGACGGGUAUGAAAGACGGAGCAUUCAACUCACGCAAUCCAGACAACUGGAGAGGUGCCAGCCAAAGUCAGUCUCAGUCUUUGGCCACGACACAGGCACGCAAGGACAAGCUAUCACAAAAAACAGUGAGAACGAAGUUUGUCAAAAAGCUAAUGGAGCUCAAAAUUUCUGCUAGGGAACACAAAUGGAUUGUCCGCAUGCUCUUGGAACACAUCAAGGUGGGGUUGGGAUUUGAGACGAUCAUUGGCUGGUUCUCUGAUCAUGCUGAGGACAUUUGGAAGAGCCACAACAGCUUGAAGUCGGUCUGUGACAAGCUUAGCGAUCCGGAGUGGGUGGCAAAACGCGAAAUCGAACUGGAGCGAGCCAAGGAGGCACAGAAGAAGGAAAGAUUUGCUCGCAUAUACAACUACCCCUCCAGUCUGGAUCCUGUUCGUAUCGGAAGCAUCAUCUCAUGCAUGAAAUCUGAGAGAACCAGCCUUGAGGGCUGCUUGGCACAGAUUGGCACCGUACACGCAGCCGUCCUAGCGAACAAAAAGACCCUUCCAAAAGAUGAUCCUGCGAGAGAGAGCUUGGCAAUCAAGUUCCCAGCAUUCGUUGCAGAGGAAAAGCUAGAUGGUGAGCGCAUGAUUGUCCACGUGCAUCGUGGCAAAGUGACAAUGCACACACGCUCUGGUAAUUUGUACAGCCGAGUUUACAGCCCUGUACUCGGACCGCAUCUUCGAAAAGCCGUUGCAAAGUACGACAUUGACGUGAUCCUCGACGGUGAGGUGCUGGCAUGGGACAGCAAAAGUGAGGCAGUGAUUGAGUUUGGCAACAAUAGAACUGUCGCAAAACUCCGACGCAAGUGGAUGGAGUCUCAAGGGCAAGUGGACGAAAGAGAUCUGGGACUCCAUGAGGGCGAAAAGGAGGCUAAGGUGAUGAAGCCUGAGUACUUUAAGCAGUUUGACAAGGAAGAAGACGACACUGAGGGGGGCGAUGAAGUAUGGCUCAAGUUCACCGCAUUUGAUGUGGUCUACAUAGGGGGUCCUGGAGCAGAAGAAUGCCUUAAAAAUGGUCUCCGUCCUUAUUUGGAAGCGGAUGAGUCUGUCGAAGCAGGCUCCAUCAUCCAUUUGAGCUUGUUCGAACGAAAGGCAUUGCUCUACCAUCUCAUGACAGAACAAAAGGAUUUCUGUGACAUUGUUGCAUCCUGGGUGAUUCGCCCCAACGGCGAUUCCGUGGAAGCCAACGACUAUUUCACCACACAACUAAAUGACCAGCUGGAACGUGGCCACGCAAAGUGCGUUUUGGAUUCAAGCAAAUGGACCCUGAAUUCGGGGAAUUGGAGCCCACAAUUCGACACAAAACGGCGUCAAGGCAGAACAGACGCGCAAAUCAGCCGCAGAAGGACUGAAUUGGUUGAUAUGUAUUACAAUGAGAUCGUCGAAGAGAAGAAGGGGGAAGGCCUUGUCUUCAAGGAUCUAUCGUCUCCGUAUGUCUUGAGAGGAACGGCGAAGACGAAACUGUGGCUAAAGAUGAAACCUGACUACACCACCCAAAACUUCAUUAGUGACAUCGACGUUGUCGUGAUUGGAGGUACUUGGGCAAUCGGGCAACGCCGCUCAGGUUAUCUGUCUUCGUUCCUGUGUGCUUGUGUCGACAGCGAAAGCCACAACCGAGAAAAAUAUUUCACUUUCUGCAGAAUCAACGCAAGGUCGUUGGACGAAAAAAAGCUUGAUGAGGUUAUGAGAUACACCGGAUUCCAACGCCGCACCGGCGACAAACCAACCGAGUUAGGAAAAUGGUUCAAAGAGGAGGAACACGGCACUACGCUCCCCGACUUUAUCUCGCAACGAAGCUUCCAGGAUGAUCCGGAAGGUGAUAAUGGAGGGUGGCGGUUUUCAAAAAACACCGACUUCUAUCCAGAUGUGUUUAUCAAGCCAGAGGACUCUGUCAUAGUGACGGUGAAAGCUGGCGAGAUUGUGGGAUCUGAUGAGUACUCGGCCGGUUUGACCUUGCGCUUCCCUCGAGCAAGUGGUGUGCGCAUGGGUGACAAGCCCUCAGCUGACUGUGUUGACGAGAACGAGUUAAUGCAGAUGAAGCGGCAGGUAGACGAACAAAAAAGUGCCUAUCGCGCCACGGCUGGUUCUUCACAGAGCAUUAUGAUGACUUCGCCAAGCAAGAAGAUGGAGAGGGACGCCGAGGCAGGGCGAGUUUCUCGCUUCUGGACAGCGGAGCGAUACAUUCGCAGUAAGAAAACUCGAAAGCCUAAAAUAUCACGGAAGGCGCUACGUCGCGUGAAGACUGUCGCGGGUGAAGAGAUUUCGGAGGCGUUAGACGGCCUCAAAUUCUUUGUCCUCGCAGGAGAGUACAGUCUUGAUUUAACAGGGCUUGAUGCCGAGCAGGCAAAAUCAGAGGGCUGGUACGACAUUGCAAAAGAUGUCCGUUCCGCUUCUGACGUCGAAUCAUUCAUUUACUCCCACGGCGGUUCCCUGGUGAAUGGUCAUGACCUAGAUGUCUACGCAAUUGCUUCGAGCGCAGACGACUUGAAGGUGCACACCACCAUCAAGGGAUAUGACGCAAAGAAGGAAAAGGUCUUGAAGAAGCAGAAAGUGACGAAGGACAACUCCACAACUAUAGACAUUGGAGUACCGGGGGUUUUGAAGUGGACUCAUGUCUUCUCCCUUGUUUUUCGCUGGGUGAAGGAAAUGGAGGCCUUGAAGGAACAGGGUCUAUCUCAAGAGGAACUGGAUGUCCAAGAUGAACAAAUCCGGAAACGGCUGGCAGAACCUCGCUUCUUCGACUAUGUCUCUCAGAGCGAAAUGUACGGGACGGCAACUAACGCACUCAUCUGGCGCCACGGAGAUAUGGACACCUCCUUGAUGGAGCGGGCCUUGGCUUGUUUGGAACAGUCAGCUCAGCCCCCAAAGAAGAGAGUUCGAAGAACUCCAGACACAGCUGAGUCAACCAAGGCUCCAUGGCAACAAACUGCCAUGAAACAGCUCUCGGCAAAUGAACGUUGGAUCAUGAAGCUCCAGUACGAGACACUCUGGCCUUACUCAGUGGAUGAAAAUGGUUCGGCAAACGGCGAACCCAAGCAGCCAGUUAUUGUCUAUCCUGACUUCUUUGGUGAUGACUUUGGUCUUUCGGAUGUCCCUCCUUUUACUGAGGACAAGGACCGUCGGAGCAAGGCCUCGCGGGAAAUGAUGAAUGGCUCGGCAGGGUCCAAGAUUCCGCUCCUGCGUGCGAUGGGUGCUAUGGUCUCGUGGAAUCUCCACAGCUCGGUCACGCACAUCCUAUGUGACUUGGCAUGUGGAGUGGGGUCUAUCUCUUGGAGCCCUGAUCUUGUAGGAGGUUUGAGUGACGGCUUGGGGGACAAACAGCACGAGCGCAAGCUCUUGGCUCGAUUGGAGGCAACAAUGGACCAUUCGGUGCUUCUUGUCUCCGAUGAAUGGGUCGAUGCACAGUGGGAGUGAUUGGCGCCAGCGGAUUGAUUGGGACUGCACCCCGUGUACACCUCAAAAGGCAACGUCUCUAUCUGGUCUGGAAGGGCCUAUUGGUUCCACCAAACUGGUAAAGAGUGUUUUUGUCCGCGAUGGCAUCACCAAGAAGGUUUCGUUCCAAGGUCACCCCCAAAGGUGGUAUUGUCAUUGUCCACAUGUGGCUUUCCUGUUCGAUGCGGAUGGUCUGGACCUCGAGGGACGAGUGAAAAAGAUUGCCCCACGUCCUUGUCAAUUGGUUGAUCGGAACCGUAGUUGGUUUUGCUGGAUAAAGAGUAGUUCUCUGUUGCCAUGUC